CGAGGAAAGAAAAGAGAGGUGGUGGAGUUGAGUUCCGCGGAUUUCCGUUAAAACCUGUGUGCCUUUGGGCGGGUACCUCUCUCUCUCUAUUUCCUUCCAUCGACUUGUCAGUUACCCUCUCUCUCUCUAAGUAGUAACGACUUCCUCCUGUUUUCCUCCGCUGCCUUUUACUCCAGAUCCCAUCCAUCCAUCCAUCCAACCUCUCCUCAUCCACCUCUUACCUUUCCAUCUCCUCCAAAUCCCUCUAUUUUACCACUAAGUCAAUUUUAUAUAAAUACUUUCCAAAAUGAUUUUGCUAAUUAAAUCACCAUAUUAAUAAAAUUAAUAUCAUAUCAACUGCACAUUUACCCUUUCCUUACUGAAUUCUGAAUGCUAGUUUUACACAUCUGUUUUACUUCCUAACCCUAGUUACUCUGCAUUAAUAAUAAAAGCUUUUAGGCCUGCCACCGCCAAUCAAAAUCGACGAAAAUAAAAAAAAGUAUGGUUUUUUUAUAAGAAGAAAUUUCUUGUUCUUAAUGGGUUUCGGUCCCAUGAACAUCCAGAGUGCAUGAAAGUGAAACCCUUUUGUUCAAUUGAAUCACAAAAAUCCAUCACAGCCCCAUUCUUUCUUUUCUUCAGGUAUAUCCCUUGUUCCUCUUCCUACUCCUUCUUUCUUUUGGGUUUUGCAGUUUCUUCCAUGCUUUUGUUUUUCUGUAGAUAUAUAUGGUGAGACCUUCACCUGCUCUUUCAAUUUUUCUUCCUUAGAAAAUUUUGUCUUUUUUCCUGUAGAGUUUUCCUCUUGAUCAGGUUAUGAUAUUCCUUGCAUAUUGUGGGAGGGUUCCUUUUCUCUUUUUAUGGAAGUAUUUUUGGUUUUAUCCCACCAAUCCUCUUGAGAAAAUAAGGAGGGUUUGUUUGAAUUAAUUGCCAUUUGUUAACUGAAUGGAAUCCCUAUUGUGUAAGCUGAAAGCGGGGUAAUUCUAGUUUGGAAACCGAUUGGCAUUCUGGGCAAUCGUAGUUAUUUUUCUCCCUUUUUUCUUAUUGCGGUUAUCCAAAGUUUCUCCCUUUGCCCACCUGGAUUUACAAAGGAGAAGAUUCUGUUUUGGGAAAGACUUUGGGUGCUGAAGGGUUCCUUUGUUUUUCGAGGAGGGCAGAGGAGAAGGUGGAGGUGGGGGAAUCAGGGUGUUUGGAUUCUGAGAAAAUUGUUUUGUGAUCUGUUUUCUUUGCCUGUUAUGAUAAAAGGGAUGUGCUUCCUUUUUUUUUUUGGUAGGGUUCCCAGAUUGUUGAUUCAAUACCAAUGACACCAUUGAAAUCUGCUCCAGACCCCAAAAAUAAGGAGGAGCAUUCUGUUAAGCUUUCCCCAAAAAAGGAGACUCCGACUGACUCCCCAGGAAGUCCACGAAAUCGAAAGGUAACUGCCAGAUGGGAGCCAGAUGAACCAUGCAGACCUGCAGUUGAUGACGCUCCUGUAUUUUAUCCUACUGCCGAGGAAUUUGAGGACACGCUUGGCUACAUAUCAAAGAUACGUGCAAAAGCAGAACCAUUCGGGAUAUGUAGAAUUGUUCCUCCAGCUUCCUGGAGGCCACCCUGCCAUCUUAAGGAAAAAGAAAUAUGGGAAAAUGCCAAAUUCUCUACAAGGAUUCAGCAAGUCGACUUGCUUCAAAAUAGAGAACCCAUGAGGAAGAAACACAAAAGCCGAAAGCGGAAGAGGAGGCGGCACUCUAAGUUUGGGAACACGAGGAGACGCACCAAUUCAUGUUCAGCAGGAGCAAAUGUUGUUCCCGAGAACGAGGAGAAGUUUGGGUUCCAGACGGGAUCCAAUUUUACAUUCGCUGAGUUCCAGAAGUAUGCCGAAUAUUUCAAAGCAUGUUACUUUCAAAGGAAAGAUUCCUCCGGAGAGGAUGUCAAGGAAGAACAUCAGAAGUUUGAGCAGCCUCCACUUGAUGUCAUUGAAGGUGAAUAUUGGCGAAUCAUUGAGCAACCAACAGAUGAAGUUGAGGUUUACUAUGGUGCUGACUUGGAAACAGGAAUAUUUGGAAGUGGGUUUCCUAAGCCGUCAUCAAUGAUAACAGGCGACAAGCAAGAUCAGUACGUGGUCUCUGGUUGGAAUCUGAAUAACUUCCCUCGUCUGCCAGGUUCUGUACUUGGCUUUGAGGAAUGUGAUAUCUCAGGGGUUCUAGUGCCAUGGCUGUAUGUUGGAAUGUGCUUCUCAUCAUUUUGUUGGCAUGUGGAGGACCAUCACCUGUAUUCUCUGAACUAUGUACACUGGGGAGACCCGAAGGUAUGGUACGGUGUCCCUGGAACUCAUGCUUCAACCUUGGAGUCCGCAAUGAGAAAGCAUUUGCCCGAUUUGUUUGAAGAACAACCUGGUUUACUUCAUGAACUGGUUACCCAACUCUCUCCCUCAGUUCUCAAGGCUGAAGGCGUGCCUGUAUAUCGGGUGGUCCAGCACUCUGGAGAAUUUGUUCUUACUUUCCCUAGGGCAUACCAUGCUGGUUUCAAUUGUGGUUUCAACUGUGCCGAGGCAGUGAAUGCGGCCCCAGUUGAUUGGUUGGUGCAUGGACAAAAUGCAGUUGAGCUCUACAGUGAGCAGUGCCGCAAGACAUCCAUAUCCCAUGACAAACUUUUAUUCGGAGCAGCAAUGGAUGCAGUUCAGGGUCUAUUGGAACUUGAAUCUCUUGACAAAGAAUCUCCAGGAAAUUUUAGGUGGAGAAGUGUUUGCGGUAAGGAUGGAUUGCUAACCAGAGCUGUUAAGGCGCGGGUAGAGAUGGAGAAUGAGAGAAUACAAGUCCUACCAGAUCAGUUCAAACAGCAAAAGAUGGAGGAACCCUCUGAUUUGAACAGUGAGAGAGAAUGCUUCUCAUGUUUUUAUGACUUGUACCUAUCUGCUGCAACUUGCAACUGCUCCACUAAACAGUUUGCAUGUCUCAAACACGCUAAGCAUGUUUGCUCUUGUGAACCGGAACAAAGAUACGUGCUUUUACGUUAUACCAUGGAUGAGUUGAGUAGCCUUGUUGAUGCAUUGGAAGGAGACGUAGCAGCCAUGAAAUUGUGGGCUUCUGAUAAUUUUGGUAGCAGUUUGGUUUCUGCUCAUAAUCCGAAGGAAGGACCAUCAGAUUCUUUCCCUAGUACAGAUGAAAUGGUGGGCUCAUGUGGCUCGAACAGCCAUGCUUCUUCAGAUGUAAUCCAGUCUGAUAAUAAAAACGUAUUUAGCAAUAUUGAAGGUUCGGCAUUGCAAACUGGAGCUGGUGAUGCUAAAGAAGAGGUAUGUAUUGAUCUGAACCUUGAUGCUGUGUCUACUGUACGUGCGAGGGAAUCUCUGGAUGCAUCUCAGAGCUCCAGUAGCAGCAGAAUGAUCUCUGAUGAUGAUUGUAAACAAGAGAAACUUGUUGCAGAAGACACUGAUGUAGUUGGUAAGAAGCUGUUUGGUGUUGAUCUAAUGUUCUCAGCAAUCCCAUCAAUGAGCUUGCAAACUGAUGGAGUCAGUCACACCGAGUCUAUUGAGCUGCUAAACCUUGGUUCUGUUAUAUUUAGAAAACUCUGGCACAGUGCACAAGCCAUAUUCCCAAAAGGAUUCAGAACCCGGUCCAAGUUCUUCAGCGUGAAUGAUCCUAGGAAGAUUUGCUACUACACUUCCGAAGUUGUGGAUGCUGGGCUACUCGGUCCUCUAUUUAAGGUUUCAUUUGAGGAAUACCCGAGUGAGGCAUUCACAAAUUUCUCAGCAGAGAAGUGCUGGGAAGUCGUGUUGCAGCGGGUGAAUGACGAGAUUUUAAGACGGAUUAGGCUAGGAGAGGAAGGAUUGCCCCCUCUCCAAAGCCGAAUCAGUGGCUUGCAAAAGUUUGGAUUCCUCUCUUCAUCCAUUGUACAGGCCAUUGAAGCUCUCGAUCCAGAUCAUCAAUGUAAGGAGUACUGGAAUAACAAGCAACUCGUGAACAAAAAUAAGGCAAUUAAACUCCAACAACACCAAUCCAUUGAUUCGCAUGAAAAAGCGCAGCAAAUAAUGCAAGGACUGUUGCAGAAAGCAAGUCCUGAAGAACUGAAAAUAAUGAAGACCAUGUUCUGCAGCGAGGCACAGAGUGCUGAAUGGAAUGUGGCAUUCAAGACAUUGAUGGAACAGCAGUUGCCGAAAUGAAGAUAGUAGGAUGAUAACAGAAAAGAAGAAGCAGGAGGAUUAAUGGAGUUUUAGGUCCCUAGUUUACAACCAACCCACAAUUCUUUCUUGAUUCUUCAGUGUAGCAUCCAAUUCAUUAGGUAAAAUUGGAUUUAGGCCUCAAUUCUUUUUCAUAGAAGGAAAAAAAAGCAAAACCCUAGCUUGCUUGGGCAGACACAGAUUGAAUUGGCAACUACUAAGGAGUGGGUGCACAGGUUGUUUUUGUAGGAUGAUGCUCCAACUCAAUAACCCAGCCUUUGUUUACUGUUCUGCCAUUUUAACCCACCAUAGCCAUUGUAAAACAUUCAGGGAUUGUCCAUUGCUAAUGAAAUUAGAGUUUCAGU